ACUGGCUUCCACAGAAACUCGACUCUUUUGCUCGAUGUUUCCAGCAAUAUCCCGGCUAACAUGAUCGAUGUCAGCUUAGUACUUCGUAACAAGUAACGUGCCGCUGCUGGAUAACCUUGAUUUUCCUCAAGUAAAAGCAUCUAAAAGCGAGAGGCGACUGGGACUUCGGCUGCAGGGGGAAGCCUGCAAAUAGUCAAACCUUGCCAGAAUGCCAACCAUGCCCCGCAGGCUACAGUGGUGGACCGCCUGCAUAGCGCUCCUGCUGCCCUUGACACGAGCAGCGCAGCCGCCCAACAUUGUGAUGAUUCUCGCUGACGAUCUGGGUUGGCACGACGUGAGUUACCACGGCUCGGACCAGAUCCCGACGCCCAACAUCGACGUGCUCGCCAUGGACGGCGUUGUGCUGGCCAAUAACUACGUCCAGCCCCUCUGCACUCCCUCUCGGGCGGCGCUGCUCACGGGCUACUACCCCAUACACACCGGGACGCAGCACUCGAGUUUUCGCAGCGCAGAUCCUGCAGGACUAGACCCUGACUUAAAGCUGCUGCCUGAAUACCUCAAAGACCUAGGCUACUCAACCCAUAUGGUUGGCAAGUGGCACCUGGGAUUUAGCAAAGAGGAAUACACGCCGACUAGCCGCGGCUUUGACACGUUCUACGGAGUUUACAAUGGUGAAGUGGAUUACUGGACUCACUUCAGCAGAGACCCGGCGCUGGACCUGUCUGGGCACGCGCUGAAGGCGAAUCGGAGGCCACUGCUCGAAGAAAUGGGCCGGUACCUCACCGCUCUCUUUGUCAAAGAAGCGGCUGCAAUAAUUGGAAGCCGGAACAGCAGUAAGCCUUUCUUCCUAUACUUCGCCCCGACGGCUGUUCACUGCGGCGGGCUGAACGAUUCGCUCCAGGCGCCCAAGGAGUACGUGGCCAAGUACGCCUACCUGGGCGACUACGACAGGCAGGUUUUCGCCGGAAGCUUGGCCGAGCUGGACAACGCGGUGGGUGCCAUCGUGGAGGCACUCUACAAGGGCGGCCUGCUGAACAACACGGUGAUCGCCUUCUCUACGGAUAACGGUGGGGCGCCCGUGGGAUUUUCGCGCAACACGUCGCCCAAUUGGCCCCUGCGUGGUUCCAAGGGCACCGUGGCCGAAGGCGGCGUGCGAGGCCCGGGCUUCCUCUGGACGCCCCGGCUGGCCACACGCGCAAAGGCAACCAAGCAGCUCUUCCACAUCACCGACUGGCUGCCUACAUUUUACGCAGCGGCGGGAGGCAAUAUGAAGAACGUGCCCCAAAUCGACGGCGUAAACCAGUGGCAGUCGCUGACGCUGGGAGCACCGUGGCCUCGUAAGGAGGUGCUUUACAACAUCGACCCGGUGUGGGGUCAGUCGGCCAUACGCGGCGAGCGCUUCAAGAUCAUGGAGGACCGCAACAACACGGUGUUCCCCAACUACGAAUGGUACGACCCAGUCGGUGGCUUGGCUCCCGACCACUGGAACACGCUUCACGAAGCGAGGCAGGCUUGCCUCGCGGCUCAGGUGUUGUCCUGCUUCCAUGGAAAGACCUUAGAGACACCAAAGGAGCUACCGGAUGCAGUGCUGACUGAAAUUAUGGUACAGGGAGCACAAUACUGUCACCCAUCGAUGGGACCCUGCAUGUAUGACCUCGAGAACGACCCGUGGGAGAGGGCCAACAUUUACCGCCCUGACCACCCCGAAUACAUGAAACUGAGGGCUCGACUUGAUGAACUGAAGCUAACGAUGAAGACCCCGCUCACUGGCGCACCGGAUCCCAGGGCCGACCCUCUGCGCCGAGACGGCAUCUGGGAGCCGUGGCAGGACUGAGCGCCGCCUUCCCUAAGGGACGAGGCACCGAACCAACGCUGGGUUCUCGUACAAGGACUGACAAGCUCAUCAGCGGCGGCAGUCUGAGUGUGCGACCUUUGCUGGGGCUCGCCUCGUGGGAAGGACCAUCGCCUUUCGCGGAACGAUUUGCCACUGUCGUGCUUUUCGCUCAUGUUUGUUUCUGUGCUGGAUAUGUCUUGAUUGCCUCGUUGCCGCAUCUUCUGCUCCUUGUAAUUUCGUCCGGGCCGUACCGCCAACACAUUACAGCGCUGAUUGGUAGCCCGCGCGACCAAUAUUAUGGGCUGCAGGAAACCUUCCGAUAAAACACUUAGCCCUGCUAGUUGA